AUGACUCAAGAAUCUAAAGACAAAGAGCUAUGGAGUGACGAGGUAGAAAGAGUAACAGCAGAAACAUUCACGAAAGGACAACAAACACAACAAGAAAUCAGAAAUAUACCUAUAACCACAGUUUGCAAAUUUGCACAUAAGUUAUGGAGAUAUAUGGAUGUAUAUAAUAAAAGAUUGGAGGGUAGAGUUGCUAAGUGGACUAUUGUUGUGGUAUCUGAACAAGGAAAGGAGUCUGUUUCUGCAGCUGAGAUGCCAUUGUAUCAGUUAAAAAAAUCAUCUUUUGGAGUUAAGGCAAUAUUGGAUUGA